CAAACACACAACAUGCCCGAGUCAUGACCAGGCAGCAGGGCCAAAAGAAUAUCCGUAUCGAUGCCAAGGCAUUAUUAUUAAUAUGACUACUUCAAGAUGUGGAUUCUCCGCUCAUCUGUCUGUUAACGUCGAAUUUGGGAAGUGGUCUGACUCGGCUUCCCACUUCCCGUCCGGAGCCAAGCCAUGAUUUCGUCUCUUCUUUGUUCCAAGGUGUCAAACCCUUGGGACUCUCACCCAUUAUACCACAGUGACCCUACCCUUCAAUGGGGUGGAAUUAUCUAGUAUUCUGAACGAAUACAAAAAAGGGAGACAUGGCUUGGCUAUUUGCACACCUUAUUGAUAUUCUACGUCACGGGGUAUAGGGCAUGUACCACCGCCUGCGAGAGCGUGUAUUGACUGUUGACAAAACUUCUUUCAUUUCUCAGUCUCUUGUGUUUCCUCUCUCCACCCUACAUACGCCAUGCUGUCCCUUGUUGAAGCCAGUGUCUAUGCAGCUGUAGGCGUGCUGGUGUUGGUUGGUCUGAAUCUUACCCGUCAGGUUUUCUUUCAGAACAAGUCCGAACCGCCACUUGUUUUUCACUGGAUCCCAUUCUUGGGCAAUACAAUUAGUUAUGGAUUGGAUCCCUACGCUUUUUUUUCUUCUUGCAGACAAAAAUACGGUGACAUCUUUACAUUCGUGCUUCUCGGCCGGAAAACCACAGUCUAUCUAGGCAUCAAGGGAAAUGAAUUCAUUCUUAAUGGCAGACUACAAGAUGUGAACGCUGAAGAGGUCUACAGCCCUCUCACGACGCCCGUCUUCGGCUCGGACGUUGUUUACGAUUGCCCCAAUUCCAAGUUGAUGGAGCAGAAGAAGUUUAUCCAAUUCGGCCUCACUCAGCGUGCACUCGAAUCACAUGUGCAGCUGAUCGAGAAAGAAGUCCUUGACUACAUCAAAUCAUCGCCCAACCUCAAAGGUCCCUCGGGCGUUGUCGAUAUCUCUGCAGCAAUGGCAGAAAUCACCAUCUUCACUGCCGGCCGUGCCCUACAGGGCGAGGAGGUGCGCAAGAAGCUGACUGCCGAAUUCGCCGAUUUAUAUCAUGACUUGGAUAAAGGCUUCACUCCAAUCAAUUUCAUGCUUCCGUCGGCUCCACUGCCGCAGAACCGAAAGCGAGAUGCUGCACAUGGACGCAUGAGAGCCAUCUACAUGGAUAUCAUCAAUGAACGUCGCAAAAAUCCUAGCCGGGAGAGUUCCGACAUGAUUUGGAACCUCAUGCGGUGCACUUAUAAAGACGGACGACCGGUUCCAGACAAGGAGAUUGCUCACAUGAUGAUUACCCUCUUAAUGGCCGGGCAGCACUCCUCCUCGUCCAUUGGCUCGUGGAUUAUGCUGCGGCUGGCGUCACAGCCAGAGAUUAUCGAAGAGCUAUAUCAGGAGCAGGUCAGCAACCUCGCCAAUGACAGUGGCAGCCUUCCAUCUCUGCAGUAUCAGCACCUAGAGCGGCUCCCGCUCCACCAAAAUGUGAUCAAAGAAACUCUGCGUUUGCACUCGUCCAUCCACUCGAUCAUGCGCAAGGUCAAAAAUCCCCUCCCGGUUCCAGACACGCCGUAUGUCGUCCCGACAAACAAUGUUCUCCUAGCCUCACCUGUCGUGACUGCCCUCAGCGACGAGUAUUUCCCUAACGCUGCUCGUUGGGAUCCGCAUCGCUGGGAAAAUCACGAGGACGAAGGAGGAUACGGGGACAUGAUUGAUUAUGGCUAUGGAACAGUUUCGAAGGGAACUGCCAGUCCCUAUCUCCCUUUCGGCGCAGGUCGUCAUCGCUGCAUUGGAGAGAAAUUUGCCUAUGUCAACUUGACAGUGAUUGUGGCAACCCUGGUGCGGCACAUGAAAUUUUUCAAUCUUGAUGGAAGGAAAGACGUCCCUGACACUGACUAUUCAUCUCUCUUCUCCGGACCCAAGAAGCCCGCGACCAUUGGUUGGGAAAGAAGGAUACCCCAAGAUUCAUAACACAUUGUAUGUUCAAUUCUUCACGCGCUGGCCUCCAAGACGUCUUCUAGCAGAAAAGAAUGAGGUAUUGGAGGGUUAAUUUGUGCUGUAAGAAGGAGGAUCAAUUUCUGAUAUCAGACAUCUAUACCAAAGUAGGAUGGGAGACCUAUAGCUUCCAUCAGGGCUUCAUAGACUGGAAGUUCCCUCCCUAUCGUUGAAUGGGUUACCAAAAAGAAAGAAAGAAAAAAUAGCAGAAAACGUAACAGGCAAUCGUUGGACUACGAGUAGAUUCAGAUCAACUCCACAUACUUGAUUUACCGCCUCGUCCAUUGCCCCAAUGUGACUCAUCACAUAGUGCUCAAAAAGAAAUGAUAAAUGUUGCUUCGAAUUGCGAGCUGAGCCAGGGAUUCAUGUUGACCUCUUUGCGCAGAUUGUAAGUCGGAUAACUGGCAGCAUCAUGUUGGGUCAAUGCAUUGAGCCAAAAAAAAAAAAAAAAAAAAAAAA